CUGUGGCCAGGGGUUGGUCUUUGGAGUCAGAGAGGCAGAUUCGCCGCACACAGCGCGGCCGGAGCUAAUCCCCUCAAGAGUCAGGAUUUGCGGGGAGAGGUUCUCCACUGGUCAAGAGAAGGCCUUAAGAAAGACGGCAUUAAUUUCCGUUGCGGCUCCGGCCAGGCCCCAUCUUCAACUUGCUCCUCCAGGAAAUGAAUCUGCUGCCGAAUCUCGAGAGUCCAGUGACUCGGCAGGAGAAGAUGGCGACUGUGUGGGAUGAGGCCGAGCAAGAUGGAAUUGGGGAGGAGGUGCUCAAGAUGUCCACGGAGGAGAUCAUCCAGCGCACACGGCUGCUGGACAGUGAGAUCAAGAUCAUGAAGAGUGAAGUGUUGAGAGUCACCCAUGAGCUCCAAGCCAUGAAGGACAAGAUCAAAGAGAACAGUGAGAAAAUCAAAGUGAACAAGACCCUACCAUACCUUGUCUCCAACGUCAUCGAGCUCCUGGACGUUGAUCCCAAUGACCAAGAGGAGGAUGGUGCCAACAUUGACCUGGAUUCCCAGAGGAAGGGCAAGUGUGCUGUGAUCAAAACCUCUACCCGACAGACAUACUUCCUGCCUGUGAUUGGGUUGGUGGAUGCUGAAAAGCUAAAGCCAGGAGACCUGGUGGGUGUGAACAAAGAUUCUUAUCUGAUCCUGGAGACGCUGCCCACAGAGUACGACUCCAGGGUGAAGGCCAUGGAGGUGGAUGAGAGGCCCACGGAGCAAUACAGUGACAUCGGGGGCUUGGACAAGCAGAUCCAGGAGCUAGUGGAGGCCAUUGUCUUGCCAAUGAACCACAAGGAGAAGUUUGAGAACUUGGGGAUCCAGCCUCCAAAAGGGGUGCUGAUGUAUGGACCCCCAGGGACGGGGAAGACCCUUCUGGCCCGGGCCUGUGCUGCACAGACUAAGGCCACCUUCCUAAAGCUGGCUGGCCCGCAGCUGGUACAGAUGUUCAUUGGAGAUGGUGCCAAGCUAGUCCGGGACGCCUUCGCCCUGGCCAAGGAGAAAGCGCCAUCUAUCAUCUUCAUUGAUGAGCUGGAUGCCAUCGGCACCAAGCGUUUUGACAGCGAGAAGGCUGGGGACCGGGAGGUGCAGAGGACGAUGCUGGAGCUUCUGAACCAGCUGGAUGGCUUCCAGCCCAACACCCAAGUUAAGGUAAUUGCAGCCACGAACAGGGUGGACAUUCUGGACCCUGCCCUGCUCCGCUCAGGUCGCCUGGACCGAAAGAUUGAGUUCCCAAUGCCCAAUGAAGAGGCCCGGGCCAGAAUCAUGCAGAUCCAUUCCCGAAAGAUGAAUGUCAGUCCUGACGUGAACUACGAGGAGCUGGCCCGCUGCACGGAUGACUUCAACGGGGCCCAGUGCAAGGCUGUGUGUGUGGAGGCGGGCAUGAUUGCGCUGCGCAGGGGUGCCACGGAGCUCACCCACGAGGACUACAUGGAAGGCAUCCUGGAGGUGCAGGCCAAGAAGAAAGCCAACCUGCAGUACUACGCCUAGGGUGCACAGGCCUGCCCCGGGCUCGCAGCUGAAGUGCGCAAUAAAAGAUGGUUUCAGGUCCCUGCC